GUUGUUUUUGUUUAUCUCAGCAGCUGUGUGGCUGCCUCUUGGAGCUCGUCGCGUAGACUGCAUAUUCUGUACGCGCACGUGGUUAAAUGAAUAUAUUUAAGCUCCGGCCAGGGUCCAGGAGAGGCGGGAUGCACCGAUGUUGCGCCCAAACGCUAUCUUACUCGUAAGCCUCUACGUAGUGCUUUUCGGCUCUACGUUCAUCACGAACAAGUAUGUCCUCACCAUAGAAAAGUUUGCAUAUCCUGCCAUAUUCCAAAGCUGGCAAGUUCUUGUGGCAGCUCUUGGUUUUAUUCUUACAUCUGUUUGCUGCCGAUGGCAAUGGCACAAAAAAUGUUUAAUAGUGACAGUACAAUAUCACUGGAAAACCAUUCCAUUUUACACUAUGAGCAUCUAUGCCGGUUCACGGGCCCUUACUGUGCUUCCCAUAUCAGUUUUCCUGGCCAUACACAAUGCCUUGCUUCUUGUGCACUGUGGUGUAGAUCUUGACAUGGGAAAGCAGAGCAUUUUCUUCAGUUCCAGUCCUAAGGACCUCAUCGCAUUCACUUCAGUGGCUGUGAGCAGCAUAAUGCUUGUUACUACUGUACCUAGGAGUUUUGGCAAUGCUAUGUGGUGGAUGUUGCUACACAUUUGUUGUACAGGCGUCAUCUUUGCCGUUGAGAAGAUCUCUGCGUAUUGUGCCAAGACUGAUGCAUUCAACCGCCAAGUUUUUUAUUAUGCAUCAAGUUUUCUUUUGCUUUUGCCUACAAGCUAUUUUUUAGGUGAUUUUUAUGCCGUCCAGAGGUACCCCUACCUUGCAUCUCCUUCAUUUUGCUGGACAUUUGUUGCCAGCGGGAUACUUGGUUGUUUUCUUGCCAUGGUGUACCCAAGUGUUCUAAAUCUGGAGCUGGUGAACCUUAACAUUACCGGCCUUGCCAAGGUGGUUGUAUCUGCAGUUUCAGUUAUUUCUUUCGGGGUACCUGUGGUGCCUCGCGAUUACCUGUUCUGGACUGCUCUGUCACUUGUUGCUGGAAUCUUUGUUCCCCGGAGGUCAACUCCUUGUGCAGACAGUUGUACAUUUGCUCAAGCACACCACUCUCUUGAACACAUCUGAUAAUACUGCUUUCUGUGUAUUAAUGUAAAAGGAAAGGAUAAGGACGAAAACAGUCGCCCGUGAACAAGGGGCCGAACUGGCCUUGAAACGUCGGGCUUCGUAUUAUUUUUUGGUUAGAGUUGUUUUCCUUUAACAUUAAUUGCCACUCCUAACCAGGUGGAUGUCCACCGAAAGGUUUGCGUUCAAUGCUUUCUGUGAGUGUUGGCCCGGCAUCUAAUUUCUCAUGAGGGUUGCAAUGUUGAGCAUUUUUAAGCACCAAGGUAAAUAUUCUUUCAAUUCUGUCUGGCUGUGGCAAGCAUUUGGGAGCAAAUAUGUGGCAUGUUUAAUCCAUAUUUUUAGAGUUGGUGUUUUAUCUGUUGCUUGUACUCUAUUUCCUUGUUAAAAAGAUGCCCUCACUUUACUCGAUUGAAAGGAGAGGACAAGUGUCUGCCUUUUUACGGCUUAUUGAAGUGCUGUCUCAUGUUUCUUUUUCUAGCUGUUGUCUUCAGAAGGUUUUGUUAAAGUUUGCUCAAGUUACUCCAUGGAAUAAUUUGUUGUGCAAAUGGUAGCUGAAUGUAUAGGUACACUUUAUUCAAUUCCAAACAUUUAGCCCAGCAUGACUUUAAUUGUGAUGCUUUUUCUUCGCUUGCAUUUAGCCAGUAGUGCCUAGAAUUUAUGUGUGACACUCAAGUGCCAAUAUUUUUAUUUGUUUUUAUUUUUAUGCAAAUUUAUUAAGUUUCUAGGCUUGACCUACUCCUGCUGUUGAUUCAGAAAUUGUUUCUGUUAUUGAGUGUUAACUGUUUUGUCGAAUGAUUUUUGGUUGAAAGUGUGUGCCUGCCUGGGCUCUUUUUGUUGAGCUAUAGCAGUUGUUUUUUAGGGAACAGAAGUUUACUAUGAUUUGUAUUCGCUUAUAUGAGCACUAAUUACUUUUUUAUUGUGAUAUAUUAAUUUUGCAAGGAUGGAGACCUAGCAAAUUUGAGAAAAUCUUGCAAUGGCCUCAGUCCAUUUUACUUGCAGUUUACUUAAAGGAAUACCGAAGCAGAAAAUCUCAAACUUAAAAAGUCCAUUUUUAAAUUUGACUUGUAUAGUUCAGAUUGUUUUCUUAGCCUUGUGCUCAAAUUUCUUGUGAUUGGAAAUUUGGGAAACUUAGCAGGCAUACUUUUUUGGGGUAGACAGGGGGCACCUCUACCCAUCUGGUGGUUCCUCUCUCAUGUGACGCAAUGCAGAAGUAGGUUUUUAAUAAUUUCUUAACUUUUUGCACAGCUAUCAUGCCUUUUUGAGUUGAUUUUGGUGCUUAUGCUCUCUGCUCUGGUCUGGCUUUUAACUAGAAGUUAAGCUUGUAAGAUUAAAUACUCAAUUUUGGGGGUAUCUAUUUGUUUGCACUUUGCAACCACUACAACGAAAGACAAGAAUGUUCGAUGAAACUUCGUCUGAAUGCGGACAAACAAUCUAUAAGUACAUUUAAUUUUUUUUUAGCCGAGUGAAAUAUAUGUUUUAUGGGGCGGGGGGUGAGGAGGAGAGAAGGGCAUCACGCGCGCCCCAGUGAUGUCCCCCCACUGUGCAGCGCCGAGAAUUGGCGAAGGGGGACGUCGCCGGCAAUCUUCGGUUGCUAGGUGUUGCGUCACGACAUCCCCUUUCCGAAAUUCAGUCUGGCCACUGUGAUCACUAUCAUCAUCAUCAUCUGAAAAAUGGCAUAUGUGCCAUAACAAUGGCGGCUUUCUAAUUACUGAUGAAGGAACAUGUUGAAGAUACUCCUAAGGUGAGGAUUCGAGACCUAUAUAUUCUAGACGUUAGCACGUUUCGAAACCGGAAUUGAAUGCAAGUGCUGCAUAAGUGUUCAUUUCUCUAAUUCGAGCCCAGUGAACCUGUUAGUGGCACAAAAUCGACUUCGAAACCCCUUGACUCUUACAACUUUAUCAAGGCGCGUCUGUCUGGGUUGGCGCUUCGUUCUGACUGGUUGCAUCGUUGUGGGAAUCGACACUGGAAGAGAUGAUCCAGAAAAACCUGUAUAGCGAAAAGUUUAUUCUCGUCUGCCGUUGACAUGCAAAAGUGAAGGUGCCCGAUAAAAUACUGCAGGCUACAAGUUCAUUGCCGCCAUUCGUAUGGCAAAAGUUAAACCGCCAUUUCAGCCACCAGAUGGCACUGAAUUUUGGAAAGGGUCUAUUCAGUGCUGUUACCGUUGCUACUCGGGGUGUCGCGAACCGGCCGCGGUUCGAGUUCGACCAGGUUCGACUUUUUCGAACUUUUAGUGGAAAGUUCAACGAACCUUCUAUUGAGGUUCGACUCGUGUGCGCAUGCGCGACAGGCUGGCCAGUUGGCUUCGGAUUGGAUGAUAAUGGCUAAGAGAUGAAUUAAGUGCAGCGCUGAUUGGCUAUUUCAGUUAAUACAGUAUUAAAAAUUAAGUCAUAAACUUCUUCAGUAAUCAGAAUUAAUUUCCUUUAAUUACAACUGUUCACACUAUAAGAUAACCCUUUUUAUGAAAAAAAAUUCUCCAAACCUAGACAUGCUUGCAUCUAGGUCUGGCCACACUGUCCACAAAGUCGAACCGGUCGAAUCUGGUGAAAAGUUCGAAGGUUCGUCGAACCGGUUCGACCCAGUCGAACCCCGAAAGUUCGACCAAAAAAUCUGGUUUGACAAAAGUUCGCGACACCCCUAGUUGCUACGCGUCCUAUCGCCAAGCCUCGAAAUACGCACCUCGCCGCCAUCUGUCGGCGCUUGUAGAAGUUGUGUCCUGGCCAGUUUCCACAGCCAGUGAAGCUGUAUAGUCCCAAGGUCAGCGCAUGUACCAGGGCACUAAUUCUAACGGAUUAAAGAGUAGAAGACAAAGGAAAGCAUAGAAGAUGAAUCGCACAUUUCAGUACUUCGCUUUCGUGACAGUUUUUCUUGUGAUACCGACUCCUUGAUGUUGGUUAUUGCAUGGCAUUGCUUUCGUAAGCUGUAACUGAAGAGGUCUCCCUACCUAGAUACGUGAGAAAACUGAUCGAGUUUGAGCAUGUUGCUGAACACAUUUAUUAGCUGUUGCUCGAAACAAUGCUCUUAAAGUGAUGUGGAUUAUUUCCGAGUCAAAACUUGUGGAAGAUAAAAUAUCACCCUCAAAUCGGGUACAUAAAAAUAUUGAGCAUACCUGAACCCGCUUUAGGUUUAUAGUUCAGCAGCUUAUGUAACUCAUUCAAGCCUGGGCGCUACAGAAGGCACUUCGCAAUUAAAUAUAUUUUACUUGGAUCAAGAAAAUGCCUUCUGCACAAUGAACCAGCUGGGUAGUUCCUUUUUGCAGAAUGGCCCACAAACGAAGUGAGUUCGAAGUUCGUUUUGGGAGAGAAAUGACCGUUUGCUAGUCGGCAUGACAUAGAGCAUACUUUCGACCUGCGACCCAAAUGUACUUUAUUUAUUUAUUUAUUUUUUUGCUUCGGUAUUCCUCUCACAGAAGUUGCACAAAGGCAACUAUUUGGGUGGGCGAAUGUGCAGCUUCCUACUCUGUAAUACUGUGCAAUUUAUGCCCAGUCAUGCUGAAAAAAGAAAUCUAUAAAAAGAUCUGCAUGUUAAAAUGUAUUUGUUGGCUUUCUAAUUACAGUAAUCUUACGAACACUUCUACAAACUUUGAAAUUUUUAUUGAACUCUUUAUUUCAAUAAAGUGUGUGAAAAACUUC